CGUCUUAAAAAAACUUCGGCUCACCUUCGGCUCUGGGUCUUUCUUUCGUAACGCGCACGUCGCAUAGAGUAGACGUCGGGGACACGUGUUUUCAGAAGUUGUUCCGAAUAUCUCUAAAAUGGUGAAGGUUAAGUGCUCUGAAUUGAGGACCAAGGACAAGAAGGAACUCACCAAGCAAUUGGAUGAGCUCAAAAAUGAGCUGCUUAGCUUGCGCGUGGCCAAAGUGACCGGUGGUGCUCCGUCGAAGCUUUCAAAAAUUCGCGUUGUGCGUAAGGCUAUUGCACGUGUGUACAUUGUUAUGCACCAGAAGCAGAAGGAAAAUCUGCGCAAGGUGUUCAAAAACAAGAAAUACAAGCCUUUGGAUUUGCGCAGGAAAAAGACCCGCGCCAUACGCAAGGCUCUUUCGCCCCGUGAUGCAAACAGAAAGACGCUAAAGGAAAUCCGCAAGCGUUCCAUCUACCCACAACGCAAAUAUGCCGUCAAGGCAUAAGGCUGCAGCUCACGCAAGUGUUUUGUAUCUAGUGUGCGUUAAGAGUUCUCCUGAGACGGGAUAAAGAAAAAAUAAAAUAAUUUUUUGAAUGUGA